AUGGACCAAUCAGGAAACCAUCUCAUUGAGUAUGAAACAGAUAUUAACAAUAAACCUUUGUUCACAUUACCUACUUAUGUAACAAGUACCAGUUCUAACAAUAUCUGCGUAGUGGAUCGCUUAUUGAAAAAUGCCAAAGGAAGAAUUGUUGUAAUUGGUCAGGAAGGAAAUAUUAAAGGGAUUUAUACAGGUCAUGAUGAUGUUAAUACUGAAGACAAGCCCUUUAUACCCCUGGGUAUACUUGUUACACAAUCAGAUAACAUUUUGGUUGUAGACUGGGCGGUAAGUGUAGUUCGUAUUUUGAACAGUGAUGGAGAAUUCAUUUCAUACUUAAAUGUAUAUAACCUUGGAAUCCAGUAUCCACAUUCUAUUGCGCUCUCCACACCAGGAAAACUUUAUAUAGGAUGUGGACGUGGUGAAGAAAGUCUUAAAAAUGAUAAAGCCAAACUUUACGAGGUUGAGUAUUCGGGAGUGUAG